GCAUAGUUGGAGCAGAAGUGCACCGCCAAGGAAACACGUGUCCCAAUGCCAAGAGUGUGAUGCCGUCAAGCGUGUGCCUGGGUUCUGGCGUGACUGCUCUAAUGCAUGGCAAUACUGUAGUACUGUACAGAAGCCAGGUAGACGAACGCGAACGGAGAGUACUACUAUUAUCUGUGCCAUCUCUUACUAUUGUGUAAUACGUAGGAGAGUGAGACACAAGUAAUUUGUGUGAGAGAGACAGAUCGUCGUGGCGUGAUAUUUUGGUGGAGUAGUUCGCCGCCAGAGAGCAGGUUCUGGUAUUCCCGCUUCAAAAUAAUCCGUCGCGCGCACAAUCUCACUCUCCCUCCCCCUUCCAUAUCACAGAUCCAACCUGUUGUACUCGCUUAGCUCUCAGUUUCAGACUUCUGAGUUGUGACUAGUUCAGUUCCAACUUGUGCGUCAAGGUGUUUACUAGAUUGGUCGGACUGAAGGACCACAUGUCUCGUCAGUGUAACACGCUACCCUCAUUCCGACAGAUGAAAACUAUUCUCACGGUUUUCGCUCUUCUAUUCUCAGGUGUAUCGUGGAGCACUGCUAGCCCUAGCGAGGCUUCUGAUGAGUUGCCCACCUCCCACAACGAAGAAUGCACCCAAGAAAUGCUGAGUAGGUGCGCGCUGCCGCUAAAAGUGCUCAGCGAUAACUCGCAAGACCUGAGUUUUGCAGCUAAAAGAGAGGAACUUGAAGAGCUUUGUCCUAACUUAGAGAAAGGACUAAGAUGCAUCGACGAUUACACACGCAAAUGUUUGGAACUCCACCAAAGGCAGCACUUCAAUCUGCUCUAUUCAGAUACCAGCAUAGUUAUCCAGGAAAUAUGCCAGAAGGGUCCCUAUCAAGAAGAGUUUUUACGCCACGCACCUUGCAUGAGAGAAGUGAAAGACGAAUAUGAACGGUGCACAAGAACUUACCAGACCAAACUUACAGAAAUGACUAGUCAAAGUAACAAUCAUCCAGGAGGAGACAAUGACAAAAAUAUCAAGAAACUAUGCUGUUCAUUUCAAGAAUACCUAAGCUGCUCACGGAGCAUCAUGUUGGAUAAAUGCGGAGAGGGAACUGCAAAAUUCACAGCUGGGCUGUUGCAACGGAUGUCCAUUUCAAUGAUAAAACUUCAUUGUGAGAAAUACUCGAACAACAUGGACGUAUGUGAGCAAAUGGGAAAUGGGUCACCUUCAGCCUCUCUUUCAAGCCUUUGGAUCCUCUCAGUCUCUCUCUUUCUCCUGCUGGUUAGUUCUCUGUCCUAACCUAUAUCAUAGUAGGUUACAAAACGUCUAUUCCACCAUUCCGAAUAAUUCUUUCAAUGUAAUUAUUGAUAUGAAGCAAAUUUUUAAUUCAAUUUUCGUGAUAGCUUACACUACAGAAUAGUAUCUCCUCUUUUCCGGAACGUUCAGUUAACAUCUUUUUAUUUUGAUAACUAUUGUAUCUACAGAUAAGCUGAACACUCACCUUUAUAUGGUUCCAAUCUUUCCACUGAUCUCUCUCAUGAAAAUAACAAAAAUGAAUUAAAAUUCACAUAUUCGAUCUUUGUGAAAAUGUUGUCAAUGUGAAACUUAUGAAAUUUUCUUUGUCACAUUUUUGUUAAUUGUCGUCGAUGAGAUUCCAAAUUUUUAAUCGACGCAUAAAAAAUAUGAACCGAAUUAGCUCAGACUCUAAUAAUAAUGUAAAUGUUCAAGAGAGACUCGAGAUGAUUUUAAUAAACUUGAGAAUUUUCUAGGCUCACCUUUUAAUACCAAAUGAAUCUCUUGAGUUUAUAUGCUUUCAAUUUUGCAAAACAAAUUAAUCAACUGAUUUGAGUAACAAUUAAUAUUUUAUUGAAUUUCCGAACAGAAAGUUCGGAGAUGAACUAUUCAAUAUCACUGCUCGUUAUUAUUCUUAUCAUUAUCCUCAUCCUGCGAUUGCUGAAUUCUCAUAUUCAUGAUAGUGAAAAAUCAGUUUUAAUGAGAAUGUUUUUAAAAAUAGUAAUAUUCAACUCGAUAAUAUAUAGCCUAUGCCUUAUAAAUCAGUGAGAGUGCGGGCUGUACAGUGUUGCUUACAAUUUUCGUGCUGGAGAGAAUUUUUUAGAUGUGAAGUGAAACGUUGAGAUAUUGAUGAGAGGAAGAUCUGAAUAAUGAAUCUGAUAAUUUGGUUCAGGAGAUAUGUUCAAGUUUAUUAUUGUUAACUGUUUAUAUAUAAUCUAAGUUUAUCAUCAUUUAUCUCAUCAGUGUAUCGUUAAAAUCUCUUCACUCUAUGUAUCGAAUAAAUCACUUAUUGUUAAUCCUUCAGAACUCUAUCUUGCAAUAUUGUUUGCUUUGCUCAUAUUAAAUUUUGAUAUGGUAUUCAAAGAAAACCAUAUUGGAUGAUAUUCAAUUGAUCACUGUGUCUUUUCAUGUUUCUCUAUUAUUUUAAAAUCAUUGUAGUAUAUUCUUUCAUGCUUCUCCUUCAAAAACAUUCAAUCAUUUACUAAAAGACAUGACCUCCUCAUAUCACCCAACUUUAAGGUUGAUUCCACUUUGAGUUAUAACAAAGAAUUGUUUCUUUAAUCAGUAGGUAAUUAUUAAUCAUCUAAAUACCUAAAGCACACCUUACUGUACAGCCGGUAUUAUUCCGAAUAUCAAAAACUAUGAAAAACUUUCAACAAUUUUAUGCUUUUAAAGUCAUGAUCAUUUCUAACAUAUUUCUAACGGAGAACUGAGAGCCUGAUUAGUCAGAUCCACCAAAACUUAUUCAUGUGCUGAAGACUUUUGAACUUACUGAAUAGUCGGUUCCUACUUUUUGAAGCUGGGAAUUUUAAACUUAUCAACUUAUAACCAAGUUGAAUGAAGCCCCAGUGAGAUUUAGUAAUAAGUUCCAUUAAUAUAAGUAGUGAUCGAUAUUGUUGUUUAUUCGAAUGAUACCUGAAAGGUCCAAAACUAAAGUUAGAGAUAAACUAGUGAUCGAUGAACGAAUGAGUUUAUAAAUGUGUGUAUGUAUGCACCAAUGACCGAAUGAUUGUGUUCCAUUUAAUAGUAAUAUUAUAGUCAUUGUUCCGCACGUUCUAUUCCACUCAUCUAUACCAAUUCUUAUAUUAUAGGUAUCUCCAUAUCCACUGUUAUGAUGAGUAACUCAUAGAACUGUUUAUUGUUUUCCUUGGCCCUACAGUUACUACCUAUUUUACAUACAUUAUUAGUGAGAAUUUAUUAUAUUUUUAUACUUAGAUUUCAACAAUUUGUUUGUAUUUCAAAAUAUUGUUUCGCACAAAAAAUAUGUAGUAUCUAUGUAGUAACUUGAGUUGAGGUUUCAAGAUAUUAUAAAUGUUUACUAUUGCGCGAGUUCGUUCGAAUAGAUGCGGUGCAUUAAGUAGGUUUUAUUCAUACCCAUGAAAAAUCAAUUCGAUUCUUAUACAAAAGCACUUUGAUGGAGAGUAUUGAUCAUCAUGUGCUGAAACAUAUUACAACUUACUAAGUUACCUUUUACAUGUCUAUGAUACAAUUUUAUUACGUUUGAAACACAAAUUGUGAACAAUAGACCAUAGUGUUUUAAUUUUGUUGAGUACCUUUAUGUUUUUGUCGUAUAGUGUUAUAGAUAUUGUUUUUUUUUUCACGUAGCAAUGUGCUUUUUAUGUACAACUAAGCUCUCUAAGUUUAUGUUGUAUCAUUGGCCGCAUUGGAUCAUUGAGUUUAGAAAUUUUUUUAAACAAGCAUGAAAUAUUUUGAUCUUUUACAUUGCUUGUAAAAUAUUAUUUGCUCUGCUCAUAUUCUUUGUUGAUAUAAUUUUUUAAGUUCCAAUAAGUUUUCCUCACUGUACAUUUUAAAGGCUGCUUCCUUUAUCUAGCAUAUGUGUAGAUUUGAAGGAUACGAUUCUGUUCAUUGAACUCGUUUCCGUAUCGUUUCUAUUACUCAAUGUCCUGAGCGUCGAGUCAUAUCAGAACUCCAUGAAAAUGUUAUCAUCGAAGUUAUUUAAUUUGUUUUGCGAUAUCGUAACACAAAUAUAUAUGCCAAUUCUUCACGUAAAUUAUUAGCCAUUUUGUUACAAAAAUAAUUUAUGAUAAAAUUUCUUCUAGCUUGAUGUAAGUAAGUAUCCGUUACUUUACAGAAGGCCUACAUGUGAAUAAUUAAUGUUUGAACAUAGAAUAAAUAUGUAUACGGAAAUAUUGAUCUUUUGUGUGUCGGUGAUACUUUACUGUUCUAUAAUAGUGUGUUCUAUAAAUGUGUAUGUAACUUUGAAUACAUGACAUAGCAUAUUGUUAUUUGAUAAUACAUAAUACUAGAAAUUGUUGAAAACACAGUUGUAGUACCUUCAAAUUGUACAAUAAUAUCAGAGCAGUCAUAUUUUUCACAUGACGUGGAGUUUUGCGUUUCUUGCUACCGUUAUAAUAGCAUUUUUCAAUGUAUUUGAGAAAGUUGAACUGCUUGUAAAUAUUCGUCUAUUUAUUGAAAUGAGUUUGUAAUAUAUAUGAUGUAUAACAGAAUUCGAAUACUGGGUGGAGAUAUUAUCAGUUGAAAUGUGAUAUUAUUUAUUUAAUUAAAGUUGAUAUGGUAAUAUACAUACCACAGAUUGGUUAUAUAAAACAGAAUAAAAUGUUCGAGGUUCUUCAAA